AGUAAUUCUUUCUUUUCCAGAAUAAAGGCCUAAAAUUUGUUGCCAGAAAUUUGAAUUCUACCCCCCAUGUGAUGAAAGAUGUUUAUGCUUUGCUUACUGAGCACUUGAUGACACAGUUCCAGUCCAGAAACAGUCCUGUGCCUAAAAUAAAACAUGGCUUGGACUGCAGGAAGCAGGAAAAUAUUGCUCUCCUCAAAGCAUUUCGCCUGAUGAAUGAGUUCCAGAACCAGAUCUGUGUGUUCUGGAUCAGGUACUCAGACAGGUUCCUGGAGAGUUUGGUGGAGAGUACCCUCUCCCUGCUGGCCAUCAGUUACUCUGCACCUGUGGGAGGGGCAGUGCAGAUGACCCCUGUCCACUUCUUGGCCUUACUGGACCCUAAAGCAAGCUGGUUUACCAAGUGGAUGCAUGGAGGCUUCAGUCGCACACAUGUCCUGAGUGGACUGGAAAAACAUAGGAAAAUUGUGGACAUUGCAGUGCGGCAGUGUAUGGAGUUUGCUUCAGCCAGAAAAAUUCCUCUUGAUCUGCUGAGUGAUAUAUCAGAUGCUCUGUCUAGAGAGUCCUUCAGUGAUGCCCAGAGAAUGCACUAUGUAGGACCAGAACUAGAGUACAUUCAUUUCAUGCAUUCCAUGCACUUGGUGGGCAAACUACUGCAACAUUCCAAGGGAAGGGAUUUCUUUCCUGUUCGACUAAAAGACAGAGAAGAGCCAGUGUCAGUGACUGAGUUGUUGGUGACUAUGAUUCAUCUUAUAAGUGAUCCUAGCUGUCUCACCUAUCACAAGCCCAGUGCAGUGGCCUAUGACCCUGGGGUAUUGGCUGCAGACAUGUUGAAGAAGCUGUGUAUCUCAGAGGACAUCUGUCAGAUCUGUAUGUGUAAAGAUGACAUUAUCAAUACUCUGUUGACACCCAUCACACACUGGCUGGAUGACUCCAUGGAGCAUGAUAUAAACCAAGCGACAGAGGUGACCUACCUGCACAUAGCAGACAUCUUGGCUGCACUGGCCUCCACCAGUAGAGGGCGCCAGCAUCUGCUGUAUGGGGAGAGACAGGAGAGGUUUACCAGGUCAAAAUCCUCAGCAGCUCACAUAAUUGCAGAAUUUGUCAAAAAAGCAAUCAAUGGAAUCCUGCCAAAUGACAGUGCUCCUCCUCCGUCCAAUAAAGUUAUAGGGGCAUUCACCUACAUCUGCAGGCAGCUGUAUAAUACAUGUGAGGGCCUCUUAGUCAUGUAUUCUUAUGACCUACACAUGACAAUUGCUGCGGCUCACAGGCAGGCUUGUCUUGCCUCAGAGAUGGUUGUCACUCCCACACCCUCUAUAAAUGGUAGUGAUUACACCUGUAGCAAAGAGUCCAGAUAUUCCUCACAUGAGGCGUUUGUCUGGGAGGACACCUUGAGAGAUAACCUGCUGAACUUUGCAGCCACACCCAAGGGUCUCCUGCUGCUACAGCAGACUGGUGCCAUAGAUGAGUGUGUGGAGUAUAUGUAUGCCAGAUAUGAGAAGAAGUUACAGCUGAGCAAAUAUGAGAAGUUUGGCUAUGGUACUAUGAUGACCCAGGUGGCAGCCACAGCCCCAGGAAUGAUGGCACUGCAAAAUACAGGGUUUAUCAAGGCCAUGGUGAAUGAGCUGUGGAGUGUAUUAGAGUGUGGAUCAGAUGACAGGACUGUGUUCACACCCAAAACCUGGCCUGUAGAACCCAUUGACAGGUUUGCACACAAGUCCCUAAUCCGAAUGCUUAACAUCCUGAGUGCGUUCCCUGCAGUGUAUGAGGUGUUAUGUGACAAAACUCUUCCAGUGAGAGAGAGCUACAGCCUCAGAGAAAUGCCUAAUACAAUACUGGAAGUACUAGACAGACUAGUUCUGGUGGACACAGAUGCAAAGAUACACUCUCUCUUCAACUAUGAGCAAUCACAUGUUUUUGGACUCAGGUUACUGAGCUCUAUGUUUUCAUGUCUUGACACAUUUCUGUUGCUGCAAACACAGUACAGAGUACAAGAUGUACUGUUAGCCUGCCAAGAGAAUAACACAGUGGAUGUAGGUGGAGACAUCAUUGUUGAUAUGCUGUCUAUAGAAAGAAACUACUUGCUGGUCAAGUCCUAUCUUAUUGGUGGACCAACAGAAAGAGUCAUUCCACCAAAGGUCUUAUCAAUUAUCUUUGUCAUUCCAGGAACAGACAGUGCAUUGAGAGGUUAUCACCUCACCCCCUUACAACAACUGGGAGUGAAGAUGGCUGUCAGGUAUGGCAUGCACCUGAAGGUCCUGAACUCCAGCCCAGAAGCCACAGAGAAUCUCACACAAUUACUGAAACAGUGCGGCUACUUCUUGCAUCAGCAGCAGAAGUCUGUAGAAUCUAAUUUACACCUGCUCCAGGGAGAUUAUCCAGGCUUUGACUGGUUUGCCUCCACAAUCUUCCUUCUCAUGAAUGGCAACCUAGAGAGGUCCUGGAAGUUUCUGUACCAGUUCUCAACUCUGGUUGCCUCUGGCUACUUGUGGAUACCAAGGUUACACUCCUCUGUCCAUCUUCCUCAGGGUUUGAUGAGCAGUGGUAUUCCACCUCUCUUCUCCACCACAGGACACAAUGUGGAGCUGAUCUUACUGGCUGAGGUGCCUGAGGUCUUCUCUGCCUUCAAAAUGUCAGGAUACACAGUAUCUCAGAUUGUUCAGCACUGGCUGCGUCAGUGUUUCUGGAAUUUCUUGGACUGGCUUGACAUCACCCACUAUAUCUGCCUGUGUACAGUGAUGGGAAUAGACUACCAGGUGUAUUUGUGUGUGGCCAUAUUAAAACAUAUGAAGCAGGAAAUCAUGCACCAUGUACAGCAACAGGAUCUGGUCAUUUUUCUCAAGGAGGAACCAAUCCAAGGAUUUCGUGUUGGAGAGCACCUAGAAUUUAUGCAACAGCUGGAGAAGAAAUUCAGGAAAACCAUAUUUUUGGACAUGCAGAGUAUCACAAAGCCUUGAGAAAAUAAAGUUACAGAGCGUUGAUCACUUGACUGAAAAUGGAUUUGGCAUAAGAAUCGAGUUAAAAUGAAAACAGAGUUGACUAUAUUUAAAGUAUGAUUGGUUUGAGUCU